UAGCACAGCAGCCAGAGCUGAAACAACACCUUCCUCACCUUCAACAGCUAACACUUGUGUUUAUCUGUUUAGUGUCAUUUUUGUUCUAACUUUGAUUUAUUUACGAAACCUUUCAGGGAAAUCUGUUAACUUGUUUAACUACAGCACAACACAAACAAACAAUAAUGCCUUCCUACACGCUGUACUACUUCAACCACCGCGGCCGUGCUGAGGUCUGUCGUAUGCUGUUCGCAGCCGCUGGCAUCCAGUACAAUGAUCGCAGGAUCGAUUUCUCAGAAUGGAAUGGUUUCCGGAACAAAAUGCCUGGCUCAAUGGUGCCUGUCUUGGAGAUCGAUGGUCGUAUGCAAAUUCCUCAGAGUAUGGCUAUUGCAAGAUAUCUUGCCAGAGAAUUUGGUUAUCACGGUAAAAACAACAUCGAUAUGGCACGCAUCGAUUACAUUUCUGAUAGUUUCUUUGAUAUCAUGGAUGACUACAUGAGGAUGUACCAUGACAGAGACGGCAGAAUGAUGUGGGACAGAAUGUCUGACAUGCGUCAACGUUACACUGAUCUUGAUGGUAGAAUGUCGAACAUGGGUUGUGACAUGUCUUCCGACAUGCGACCUGACAUGUGGUCAGACAUGAGAUCAGACAUGAGAUCAGACAUGAGGUCAGAUAUGAGGACAGAAAUGCAGACCGGCAUGCAAUCCGGCAUGCAACCCGGCAUGAGAUCAGAUUUCACCUCUGGCCUUAGUUCCGACAUGGGUCCUGGCUCUUACUCUGGCUCUUAUUCCGACAGUUUCAACGAAGGCGUAAUGUACGAAAGGCGAAGAAGGUUUAUGGAAACUUGUCGCAGGGUGCUUCCUUUCAUGGAGAGAACUUUGGAAAUGUACCACAAUGGAAAUCAGUACUUCAUGGGUGACCAAAUGACUAUGUGUGAUAUGAUGUGCUACGCCGCCCUUGAAAGUCCACUGCAUGAGAACCCAUCUCUGCUGAGCAACUAUCCAAAACUGAGGUCUCUUAGAGAUCGUGUUGCAGCCCACGCAAAAAUCUCCACUUACUUCAAGAGACGUAACUUCUCUGAUUUCUAGAUUGCAAAAUGAACCCUACCAAGCAAAUACCUAUCUUGUAAAAACGGGAGACAGAUUGAUAAAAGGUCCGUCUCUGUAUCGCAUAAUCCGGAGUUAUAAUCUCCAACACAAUGCUCCCCACCUAGUAUGCUCGAUUAUUAACACAAUAAUCUGUCGCUA